AUGAGUGACGACGAUGUCAAUGAUGUGAUUAAAUGUCGUUGGGACAAAUCAGCAGGUACAAUCAAUGGACUAAGAGGCGAUGAAUGUGCUGGUGCAUGCAGUACAUAUACAUUACCAUCGACUGUUCAAUUACGAACAUUUACAAAUCGAUGUCAAUUGAACGUAACUUUACCCUCUAUAGGGCAGUAUAUAGUAGCUCUUCAAAUCGAAGAUUUUCUUUCGACUUCUUCAAUGACUGCAUUGAGUUCAGUUCCACUUCAAUUUGUAUUCUACGGAUUCAAUAGGUAUAAUACACCGACAACCUGUAUGAAACCACCAAGUAUCACGAAUAUGUCACCUUUUCCAACUGAUAAUGGUGGUAACAUCUCUGUGACAGUCAAUGGACAGUAUUCCGGUGUUAUUAUUGCACAGAUAGGUUGUAGCAACGAUACAGAAACAUAUAUCACUAAUUUUAUUACCGAGAGUCCGCUCGGUACGAAAACAUCAAAUUUUUCCUAUGAUCAAAAUAAUGCAUCAUAG